GUCCCUCCUCCAAUCCAAGGCGUAUUACAUUAUAUGGCCCCCGUGGCGCUGGAAGAAGAUAUUUGAUGACAAUCCCUUUGAGUGUAAAGGUGCGGAGGAACGUCAGAAAAGUCACUAGCAUUCACAGCUAAAGCCUUCACCAUGCGGGCUGUUUGCUUUGUGAACCGCCUCGAGUUUGAGUUUGGUGGCAACGUGUUUAGGAGCUCUCUUACUCUAGGUGAUGUAGAUAACUCUGGAGAGAUGGCCCUUGUGGCUGGAAACGCUAGUGGUGAUUUAGCAGUGUUUAAGGGUGACACACAAUGGCAAAUUUUGAAUGGCUUGGGAAUGAUAACAGCAGUGGGAGUGGGUGACAUCCUUAACUGCGGACUGAAUGCUGUUGUGAUAGUAUGUGGUGACGGCUGGUGUCACAUAUACCUUUGCCCUCCGGGUUGUGCCAGACUAGAGUGUGUCCAUGUUCAGAGAAUUCCUGCUAAUACUAAGGUACUGUUACUUGGUGAUAUUGAUGCUGAUGGUCAGCAAGAAUUAGUGCUUGGCCUUACAGACCGAGUUGUUCGCUCAUAUCGUUGGUGCUGGCUUGGUGAAGCAAUUGGAAAAGAGAGUGUACAAUCUCUUGGGAAAACAACAAAUGUUGCAUCUCUUGCUGGACGGGGUGCUUUAGUUUGUCUUAAUAAGUGGGAAUUUGCGCACCAACUUGGGGCUGUAACACUCAAUCAUUCUGCUGGAGACAAGCCUAGCCUUCUCGUUGCGCAGCCAGGAGGGACCUUUAUGAAGAUACGUUGCUAUCCAGAAUCCGAAAAGACUGCUGAUAUUACUGAUUCUGAUGGUAGCGGCAGAUCAAACCAAUUUGGUGAAACUUCUGUUGUUUAUCAUCCUCUAUGCAUAAAUAGUAUGCGAAACCCUAAUGUGUCUACGGAAAUUUUAGGUGAUAUUGAAACUGGGAACAACAAUGAAAAAGGGUCUCCUUUUGCAGUGGCAACACUGGAUGGAACUCUCAUGCUUGUACAUAAUGAUGAAAUUCUAUGGUCUUACCAAGUUGAUCAUCAACUGUUCGCUGUGACAAAGCUAGAUAUUACUGGAGAUGGACACGAUGAGAUUGUUGUGUGUUCUUGGGACGGGCAGACAUACAUUCUGGAUCUAGAGAAGCACAGUGUCCGUUUUCAAUUAGAAGAGACUGUGUCUGGAUUUUGUUCAGGCAAAUUUACCAUGGAGCCAAACUGUUCAAAACCACCCAUUCCUGUUCUGGUGUAUGCCACUUUCAACAACAAGAUAUAUAUUUACUAUGAUAUUCACUUGCCCAGUAUGCUGACUGAAAACUUCAAUCCCCGAUUACAAAACUUCAUGCAAGGACUGAACCUAGAUAAUUUGAGAAAAAAACUAAAUUUACCAGAAGAGAAAAACAAAAUUUUAGAUGAACUAUUAAGCCCUCCUUUGACAAGAGAAAAAGUGAAGAAGCUCACUGAAAUAUCCCUGUACUUCCGAAAGGCCAUUCCACAGCAAAUUAUACCAUUACCAAGCAGUGACUAACAGAGAUCUGUAAUUGUAAGUUACUCUUUCAAUUCUAUGGUGCUUGCAGUACAAACUAUUGCUUUGCGGAUGUGUUCUUUAUUUCAUAAUGCAUUUUUUGCUUGUCCUUUGAAAUAUGUAAAUUUUACCCUACCCUUUUUUUUUUAUGUAAUGUACUUAUGGAAUGUUUAGUUUCUGUAUUUCUGGAAUUUAAGAAAACUUCAUGGAAUGUUAUUAUUCAUUUUUAAGGGAGUAUCUUGUAACCCUGACGAUUCUGUUAGACAGAUUCCACAAUUUGUUUUUAAAUAUGAAUUUAUGUGCCUUUUCUUUAUGGUAUGUCUACGUCUAUGCUUACAUAUCUGUCUAGUCACUAAUUAAAAUCAUUUAAGGCAUAAAAAAUGUCAUUUCAUUGAAUUGUUAGUUGUCUUUAUUAAAGACUUUUCCUUGUCUUUUCUAA